CAAGGAAAUCACCCUUGGUGUCAAUCGCCUUCGCCAUUUUUAGAAAAUUCGACACCUGCUCUGCAUAAACAUAUAUAAAUUUAAAAUAUAGUUUAUCUAUUUAAGUAGAUAAUGGCACUUCUUCAAGUGACCGACUUUCAGUCUUUUUCUGAAGUCCGCGGACAGAUUCUUCCAGUGAGACAGAGGCACCUCGUCGACCGAACCAACCACUACAAUUUUGGGAGCAAAACUCAAGAAUUUGCGGUUCCGCCUGGUGUAGAGCCGUCAGGGUUUCUGAAGUCCUGUAACCGUGAUGGAGGUGUGUGUAUUGAAAUGAACCACGGGACCACCACUCUGGCCUUCAAGUUCAGGCAUGGAGUCAUCGUGGCUGUGGACUCCAGAGCUUCAGCCGGGCGUUACUUAGCAUCCAACGAUGUGAACAAGGUGAUAGAGAUCAACCCGUACCUGCUGGGCACCAUGUCAGGCAGUGCUGCAGACUGUCAGUACUGGGAGAGACUCCUGGCCAAAGAGUGCAGACUUUACAGGCUGAGGAACAACCACCGUAUCUCUGUGGCUGCUGCCUCUAAGCUGUUAUCUAACAUGAUGCUGGGCUACAGAGGAAUGGGCCUCUCCAUGGGGAGCAUGAUCUGUGGAUGGGACAAAGAGGGUCCUGGUCUGUACUAUGUGGAUGAUAAUGGGACGCGUCUGUCUGGCCGCAUGUUUUCCACCGGCUGUGGGAACAGCUUCGCCUAUGGUGUGGUGGACAGCGGUUACAGGGAAGACAUGACAGUAGAGGAGGCGUAUGAGCUUGGCCGUCGGGGCAUCGCUCAUGCUACACACAGAGACGCCUACUCUGGUGGAGUGGUAAACAUGUACCACAUGCAGGAGGAUGGCUGGAUAAAGGUGUGUAAGGAGGACGUGUCUGAGCUGAUCCAUUGCUACAGGAAGGGAAUGUUCUGAGUUUUACUCCAAUAUCAGCAAACUAUCAUCAUCAUCAUCAUCAUCAUCAUCAUCAUCAUCCAGUGAUAUGUGUUCAACAUGAUUAUUGGUUAUUGAACUUUACAUUAUGUAAAAUAACAUCUCAAUGCUCUAGCCCUACAAGCUUAUGCAGUUUAGGAUAUGUUUUGUGGUUAAAAGACAAAUGAUUAAAGUUAACUUACUUAAAGAA